GCCUGGCCAAGAUGGCGCCCAAGGCGAAGAAGGAGGCUGUGCCUCCGAAGACAGAGGCAAAGGCUAAGGCGCUGAAGGCCAAGAAGGCCGUCCUGAAGGGGGUCCACAGUCACAAGAAGAAGAAGAUCCGCACAUCGCCCACCUUCCGCAGGCCCAAGACCCUGCGACUGCGGCGGCAGCCCAAGUACCCCCGGAAGAGCGCCCCACGGAGAAACAAGCUGGACCAUUACGCCAUUAUCAAGUUCCCUUUGACCACAGAGUCGGCAAUGAAGAAGAUAGAGGAUAACAACACUCUGGUUUUCAUCGUCGAUGUCAAGGCAAACAAGCACCAGAUCAAACAGGCUGUCAAGAAGCUGUAUGAUAUCGAUGUGGCCAAGGUCAACACAUUGAUUAGGCCUGAUGGGGAGAAGAAAGCUUACGUCCGACUGGCUCCGGAUUACGAUGCGCUGGAUGUAGCCAACAAGAUUGGAAUCAUCUAAACUGCAUCUACCGAGGACUGUACAGACAGGAUAAUAAACCCUGUGACACCA